CCGUUUUCCCAACGAUUCCUUAGCAUUGGCUUCUGAAAUAUUUGGAAAACUAUGGACUCCAGGAAAUUUUUGGAAACCCCGAGGUGUCAACAAGUGUUUCAAACAUCCGGGCAGCAUUUUGGAGUGGUUUUGUAGAUCCCGAGCGCAAUUUUGGAGUAUUAUUUCGAGGUUAGGGACAACAUCGGAGCACUGACGAGUCGAACAGGGGUUAGUGGACUGCAGACGGGAUAAACAGGGGUUAGGGCAUUGUUGUUCUUCACCAUUUCAACACUUGUAAUGUUUUCGUAAAAUUAGAUUACAUCCUCAUCAUGUCUCACAAUAACAAAGGAUAAAUUGAACGCUGAUAAUGGUUUAGUGAUAAAACAGCACAUAUUACGACAGCUGAUUCACCCACAAAUCAACAUAUCAAAACGAUCAAAACGCACCAAAUCAGUCUCAACGAAAUAUGCGCACAGAAUUAUCAUAGUUCUCAGAGUAGAAAAUAGUUCUACACAGUUAAUCAAUUUUCCAGUGAUUAGAGAGUGGUUUUUGGCACCAAAAAACAAUCUGGCUGGAUCUGGUGAAAAUGGGAUGCUGUUGCAGUUUAUUCCAGAAGGACAGUGGACCUCAGGGUUCGGAGGUUAAUGAGAGGACACAUCUGUUGGUUGAUCCCGUCAGUAAUAAUACGAAUAUACCCAGAGUUCAUAGUGAUGAUUAUGUAAAUCAGUACGCAAGCUCAGUACCAAAGAAAACAGAUGAGCAAAGUGCACUGACUAGGAUUCUCCAUGAAACUGCAGCAAAUGUUAUUGAUGUUGGUGCCCUUGAUUCCCACAAUUUGGAGCAACAUGAGUACAUGGACAGAUCGCGGGCGUAUGCUAAGAGGAUAGAGUCAGGUGGUGUCAAGGUUCCACAAGCGAAUCCUUGCUUAUUGAAGGAUGUUCCAGCCCCUGAAAAAAUCCUUUCUGCUGACCCUAUUGCCCCUGAAGAUCAUGAACUGAUUACAAAUAUGCUCAGAAACGCAGUGAUUGCGUUGAAUGAUGUCAAAGUCGAGCAUAAAGAGGAUCUGGUGGUGCCGUUUCUCGCGUGAUUACCAGUAAAUCCUGAGGUAAAGGAUUCUCCAAGCCCAGCUGAGCUUCAAUUCGUGCUUCAGCCAUGAAAAGCCUAAUAAAUUCAACUGGAAAUGAAUUAUAUUUAUUCUAGAUGAAUUAUCCAUUAAUCUCACAUAGAAUCAAGUGGCUCUCUUAAAUUCUGAAUCGUGAAUUUUUCUGUCAUUUUUUUCAUCGUCUUCAUAUCGACUUUCAUUUGAAUUUUGUGAACAACCAUUCAAGCAUAUGUGAUAUUGUUGAAUAAUUGUUGUUUUGUUCGAAUUCAAUCAUUCAGUCAGUAAUGAGCUAUGGAUGAAACUUUGUAAUUUGUCCCUGAAUAUGGACGCGGAAGAAUGAAGAAAGAAAACAUUUUGAGCUUUCGCUAAAAAAAUCGGAGAGAAAGAACUAAGUAAUUAUUUGAUUAAAAUUAUGAUUUAAUUAUACAAAGGAGACUCUCUGAUGGAGUGUGUAAAAUAUAAAUAUCGAGCUUUAUAUCCUAGAAUACUUAUGUUCAUAUAUGAGAAUAAUGCAACCCUAAAAUUAUUAGAUAUAGAUAAUGUACUUGUAAUUAAAAUGUGUAAAAAUGAAUUAUACUAUGGCAUUGUGAUA